AUGCAAACUUUUGAUCCACUUGCUUCUGAAAAUAAUUCUUAUGAACCAAUUGCUGCAACUUACACAAAUCAAACAUGGAACAAUCUUCCCAAUUCUACUCUAAUGGAUACCAAUCCAAUUCAGACAGGGAAUGACGAGCUUGUGCUUAUUCGACACAGUAUAUGGAUGGGUCUUCUAGACUAUGGGAAGACCACUUAUACUUCUAACAUCACUUCUUCUUGUUCUUUAAAAUCUGAUGAGAGGAAUGCAAUUCCAGCCUCAAAUCAUUACAAAGGCAUAGAAAGUGAAAUGACAUUUUCUGGAAGGAAUAUUGAACUGCCGGGCUGCACUUCUUCUUUGCAUCUUUCUGAAAACCACCUAUGGCAGGUCCCCGCAUCAAUGGAAAGACAUUUGGGGCCAUCUGAUAGCGAAGUUCCGUCUACAAAAGAUUUCGCUAGGGUUUUAGUUCACAUUACGGGUGAGAUUUCUGUCGGAGUACCCUCAAAAUGA